GGUAUUCAGAAGGCCAAAGCUCAGAGUUCCAUAUCGUUCAUCGAUCGGUAAUGAAGGACUCAGUCAUCGCCGGCAGCGUCAACAAAACAUCCUCGUCGGCCGGCGUCGACCUCACAAAGCCGCCGUCGUGGAACUCCGGCGGCUCCGGCAGCCAUGGAUUGGUGAAAAGAGUGACGAAAAUGAGCCUGUUGUUCGUCGGCUUCACCGUCUUGUGGGUAUUUCUGUAUAACUCCGCCUCUCCCUUCGGCUUCCCAGUCAUCUCUCAUUACCUCACCGCCGCCAUACCGGCCGCCGUCACCAAGGGAGAAUAUGAUCCGAAUCUAGAGAGUGUUCUGAGACGUGCAUCAAUGGGGAACAAGACGGUGAUAAUAACAACACUGAACGAUGCGUGGGCAGAACCAGGAUCCAUAUUUGAUCUGUUUCUGGAGAGCUUUCGGAUCGGGAAGCAGACCAAGAAGCUUCUGAAGAACCUGGUGGUGGUAACUUGGGACCAGAAGGCAUAUGAUCGUUGCACUGCUGUGCACCCACAUUGUUAUCGGCUCGAAACAAGCGACAAUUUCACCAGCGAAGCUUUCUUCAUGACCCCAGAUUACCUACACAUGAUGUGGAAGAGGAUUGAGUUCCUGGGAACUGUCCUUGAUAUGGGCUACAGCUUUGUCUUCACGGAUACAGAUAUAAUGUGGUUGAGAGACCCAUUUCCUCGAUUCUACGAGGAUGCAGAUUUCCAAAUAGCUUGUGAUUAUUUCCGCGGGAACCCCCAGGACUUGAAGAACAUGCCAAAUGGAGGGUUCACGUACGUAAAAUCUAGCAACAGAACCGUGUGGUUCUACAAGUUCUGGUACAAUUCAAGGACACUAUACCCUAAACUGCACGACCAGGACGUGCUCAACAGGAUCAAAUGGAACCCAUUCAUCUCCAACAUGAAGCUUCAGAUCAGGUUCCUCGACACUGCUUAUUUUGGUGGGUUUUGUCAGCCCAGCAAGAACCUCGACCAUGUCUGUACCAUGCAUGCCAAUUGCUGCGUUGGCUUGGAAAACAAAAUCAAUGAUCUUAAGAUCUUGCUUCAGGAUUGGAAAAACUACACUGCUUUGCCUCCUCCACAUCAGAAUACAACUUCACGUCCUCAUUGGACUGUUCCACAAAGUUGCAGAACAUCCUUUGAACGAGCCAGAAGGAGUAGAGGGAGGUAGUGGUGGCUUGUAACUUUGCAGUACAAGGUCGAUGAACUCAUUCAUUGGAGUUUGGAAGAUUAAUGAAAAUCUCUAAAUUAUAAGUGAAGAACUAGUUGAUCGAGUUCUGAAAAUUUGUGACAGUCACACUGAAUUUUGCAAUUGUGAAUUUAUUCACCCCCACCCUUCUUUUUAUUGUUAUAGUUGAAACAUAUAGAAUUUUAAAUUCUUGUCCUUUUAAUUUCCUCACACACACACACACACAUGUAUAUAUAUAGAGUAAGCUUUACAUCUCUAUUUUAUUUCUUAAUUAUCUAAUUUUAUAAUUUUCUAUAUGCAUCGUAUAAUGUAUAGUUUUGUUAUGAAUAUAAAUUAAAGGAAAAAUUAAGGAAAAGGACCCACCACUUAAUUAAUUGGGAAAAGGGACCAAAUUCACACUCUGCAAAUUUUCUUCCA